AUGAAUAAACUACUGUACUGUAUUGACAGUACUGGGGAAAUAUGGGAGUUUCAGGUGGAUGAACUACUGAAGAUGCAGAAAACAUUUAAUGAUGUAGAGGAUCUGCAUUCUAAUCUGCUUUUGUCAAAAUUUCUUACAAUGCACCUUUACUACUACUCCUUCACGCCCACUACUAGUUACUACUACUCCUUCACGCCCACUACUACAGUUACUACUACUCCUUCACGCCCACUACUACAGUUACUACUACUCCUUCACGCCCACUACUACAGUUACUACUACUCCUUCACGCCCACUACUACAGUUACUACUACUCCUUCACGCCCACUACUACAGUUACUACUACUCCUUCACGCCCACUACUACAGUUACUACUACUCCUUCACGCCCACUACUACAGUUACUACUACUCCUUCACGCCCACUACUACAGUUACUACUACUCCUUCACGCCCACUACUACAGUUACUACUACUCCUUCACGCCCACUACUACUCCUUCACGCCCACUACUACAGUUACUACUACUCCUUCACGCCCACUACUACAGUUACUACUACUCCUUCACGCCCACUACUACAGUUACUACUACUCCUUCACGCCCACUACUACAGUUACUACUACUCCUUCACGCCCACUACUACAGUUACUACUACUCCUUCACGCCCACUACUACAGUUACUACUACUCCUUCACGCCCACUACUACAGUUACUACUACUCCUUCACGCCCACUACUACAGUUACUACUACUACUUCACGCCCACUACUACAGUUACUACUACUCCUUCACGCCCACUACUACAGUUACUACUACUCCUUCACGCCCACUACUACAGUUACUACUACUCCUUCACGCCCACUACUACAGUUACUACUACUCCUUCACGCCCACUACUACAGUUACUACUACUCCUUCACGCCCACUACUACAGUUACUACUACUCCUUCACGCCCACUACUACAGUUACUACUACUCCUUCACGCCCACUACUACAGUUACUACUACUCCUUCACGCCCACUACUACAGUUACUACUACUCCUUCACGCCCACUACUACAGUUACUACUACUCCUUCACGCCCACUACUACAGUUACUACUACUCCUUCACGCCCACUACUACAGUUACUACUACUCCUUCACGCCCACUACUACAGUUACUACUACUCCUUCACGCCCACUACUACAGUUACUACUACUCCUUCACGCCCACUACUACAGUUACUACUACUCCUUCACGCCCACUACUAGUUACUACUACUCCUUCACGCCCACUACUACAGUUACUACUACUCCUUCACGCCCACUACUACUACAGUUACUACUCCUUCACGCCCACUACUACUACAGUUACUACUCCUUCACGCCCACUACUACUACAGUUACUACUACUCCUUCACGCCCACUACUACUACAGUUACUACUCCUUCACGCCCACUACUACUACAGUUACUACUACACCUUCACGCCCACUACUACAGUUACUACUACUCCUUCACGCCCACUACUACAGUUACUACUACUCCUUCACGCCCACUACUACAGUUACUACUACUCCUUCACGCCCACUACUACUACAGUUACUACUCCUUCACGCCCACUACUACUACAGUUACUACUCCUUCACGCCCACUACUACUACAGUUACUACUCCUUCACGCCCACUACUACUACAGUUACUACUCCUUCACGCCCACUACUACUACAGUUACUACUCCUUCACGCCCACUACUACAGUUACUACUACUGGUCCUUCACGCCCACUACUACAGUUACUACUACUCCUUCACGCCCACUACUACAGUUACUACUACUCCUUCACGCCCACUACUACAGUUACUACUACUCCUUCACGCCCACUACUACUACAGUUACUACUCCUUCACGCCCACUACUACUACAGUUACUACUCCUUCACGCCCACUACUACUACAGUUACUACUCCUUCACGCCCACUACUACAGUUACUACUACUGGUCCUUCACGCCCACUGUUGUUACUACAACUGGUCCUUCACGCCCACUGUUGUUACUACUACUGGUCCUUCACGCCCACUGUUGUUACUACUACUGGUCCUUCACGCCCACUGUUACUACUACUGGUCCUUCACGCCCACUGUUGUUACUACUACUGGUCCUUCACGCCCACUGUUGUUACUACUACUGGUCCUUCACGCCCACUGUUGUUACUACUACUGGUCCUUCACGCCCACUGUUGUUACUACUACUGGUCCUUCACGCCCACUGUUGUUACUACUACUGGUCCUUCACGCCCACUGUUGUUACUACUACUGGUCCUUCACGCCCACUGUUGUUACUACUACUGGUCCUUCACGCCCACUGUUGUUACUACUACUGGUCCUUCACGCCCACUGUUGUUACUACUACUGGUCCUUCACGCCCACUGUUGUUACUACUACUGGUCCUUCACGCCCACUGUUGUUACUACUACUGGUCCUUCACGCCCACUGUUGUUACUACUACUGGUCUUUCACGCCCACUGUUGUUACUACUGGUCCUUUACACCCACUGUUACUACUACUACUGGUCCUUCACGCCCACCACUCCUGGAUACCAUCACAUUGCACAGUGCACCGAUCUUCGUGCACAAGCCUGGAUCUGUUAAUCCUGGAUAG